AUGUCCAAGAGAGCUUCGUCCCACAAACUUUUCCCUGUCCUGCUGAUGGUAGGAUGGAUCAUUGGCUGCACAGCAGUUGUCUACUUUGUCUUCAUUUUUGUUUGGCGCUACUACAAGGUUGAUAGUUGUGGUUCUGAGUAA